CACUGUUUUUUGGCGGGGAUUAAAGAGGGCAAAUGAAAGCGCGGGAAAAUGCUCGUCGUCUCCCUCCACGGAGGCGGACCCGGAAAGCCGAAAUCGUCGACCCGGGAUCGGAACCCGAACCGGACGAGGGCAACGAUUUGGAUCUGGAGAAAGCAAGGUUGAUCAGCUUAGCUCUCGAUUUUGGAUUUGACGAAAACUCAGCCAAAAAGUGUUUGAAUCGAUUCAUUGAACUCUACGGUGAGGAUGGGAAGGAUUUCAUCACAGUUGAACGCUCCGGAGAUGAUUUUCUUGCGGCGUUGGCCGAUUCGGUGGAAGACACGGAGGAUUGGGAUGAUUUGCAAGCCUUUGAAUCAGAGGUUUGCGGGACUUUGGCUGAUAUUUUGCACAAGGAUGUUCCAGGUGACACUGCAGCUGAAAAUGAUGGAAAUGUAUCUACAUAUACUAUAGAUGAUUCCCCAGAGAGUGCAGGGAUAAUGAAUCCAGUAGUGUUGGUUUCUUCAAGUGACAGUGAAGAUGUGGAUUAUGGAAAACCAAGCAAAACAAAUACUCUGUACACCCCCUCUGCAUCUGGUCAUGAAUGCGAAAGCAGUGUGACUCGAGGUUCAGUUUCAUCUCUAUCCAGUAAACUGACAUCUUGUACAUCGAUUAAUGAAGACAAAACUCUUACUUAUGACGAGCUGCAGCGGUUGGAUGACAUCGAGUUGGCAAAUGUGGUAGUAUUUGGAAACAGAAGUUUCAGGCCUCUGCAACAUAGAGCUUGCCAAGCAAUUCUGCAAAAGCGUGAUUGCUUUAUUCUUAUGCCAACUGGAGGCGGAAAAAGUCUGUGCUACCAGCUUCCCGCAAUCCUGCAACCUGGUGUUACUGUUGUAGUAUCACCUCUACUGUCUCUCAUUCAAGACCAGAUAGUCACAUUAAACCUAAAGUUUGGAAUACCAUCAACCUUUUUGAAUUCUCAGCAGAGUUAUUCUCAAUCAGCUGCUGUAUUGCAAGAAUUAAGGCAAGGUGAUGGUUCUCACAUUUUCUAUUACAUACCGCAGGGAAACUUAGCUGGGUUUGUUGUUGAUGAAGCCCAUUGUGUAAGCCAAUGGGGACACGAUUUCAGACCAGAUUAUAGACUCUUAGGUUGUCUCAAGCGAAACUUCCCAAGUGUUCCACUGAUGGCAUUAACCGCUACAGCAACCCGUCCAGUGCGUGAAGAUGUUUUGAAGGCCUUAAACAUCCCUCGUGCUCUUGUACUUGAAACAAGUUUUGAUAGGUCAAACUUAAAAUAUGAGGUGAUUGGAAAGAGCAAAGAGCCACUCAAGCAGAUUGGAGAACUACUAGUCAGCCGGUUCAAGAAUCUUUCUGGGAUUGUUUACUGCCUUUCCAAAAGCGAGUGUGUGGAGGUUUCAAAUUUUUUGAAUGAAAAAUGUAAGAUUAGAUCUGCAUAUUAUCAUGCCGGGUUGUCAGCACGGCAGAGGGCUACGGCUCAAAGGAAUUGGCAUGCUGGAGAAAUUGAUGUUGUCUGUGCUACUAUCGCUUUUGGGAUGGGAAUCGAUAAACCCGAUGUUCGGUUCGUUGUCCACAAUACAAUGUCCAAAUCAAUAGAAAGUUAUUAUCAGGAAGCGGGUAGGGCAGGGAGGGACAACCUCCCUGCAACAUGUGUUGUUUUGUAUCAGAAGAAGGAUUUCAGCCGCUUGGUAUGCAUGUUAAGAAGUGGUCAAGGAUACAGAAAGGAAAGCUUGAAGCUGGCCAUGGAUCAAGCUCGGAAAAUGCAGAACUACUGUGAACUAAAGAAUGAAUGUCGUCGACAAGCAUUGGUGGGACAUUUUGGGGAAGCAAUCGAUCGCAGUGCUUGCAGAUCUGGCUCUAGUCCUUGUGAUAACUGUCUCAAGAUCAAAUGAUUAUAGCAUCUACAACCCGAGUGCUUCCGGAUGGUCCUUACUAAAGCAAAAAUAGGGAAUCAUUAUGUGGAAGAACUUUGGAAUGUUGAUACUCUUAUUUAUGAUUAUAUUUUUAUGAAAUCAUUACUCUGUACUUAUUAUAGAGUAUUUCAGUAAUAUUUGUGUUCAUAUUGAGAUUCUUUUCAUGCUACAAUAUCAUAUUGCUUUCAUCUCAUAUGAAAGAAAUAGCUUCAUUAAAUGAAGCACUCACUCCCCU